AUGGGAUGUAUUUGCUCACAAUAAAGAAGAUUUAAUUCACAAGAACAAACCUUAAUACUUGAAUCAUUGACAGAUAUCAAAGAUGAUGAUGAUAUAAUGAUUAUGUAAAUGAAACUAAUAUAGCCAAAAUUUAUCUAUUAACAAUUAAACAAAGAAAAGUCGUUAAAGAUUUCAUCUCGUUUUCUCGGCUCUAAGACCCCUUCUGAAGAUGGGGUUCAUCUGAAUCCAAAAAGAAAGCUUAAAGGAAUCUUAAAACAACAAUAAAAAUUUCAGAAAAAAAGGCCUAAUUCUUUUGAUUAGGCUAAAAGUGUUCGUUUUAACCUUAUGCAGUAAGGUUAAGAGCUUUCGGGAUAGAAUUUGGUAAAAUUGUCAAAAUUGGUUAACUAAAGAACAAUAAAUAAAGAAUGA